AAUAUAAAAAAGCAAGAACGGAAUGCCUCGAAUCAGUGAGAAACAUUAGAGGGUACAAGACGGAGCGAGAGCAGAGUGUCCGGUGUAGCGACUGUUAUGCAUGUGUGUGAUGUAAAUUAGGAAGUUAAGUAAGAACGAAUAACGAAGUAGAUUGACGGAAGACACGGUGUGAUAGCGCACGUCGAAGAGUCGAACAGAUCGAGAACAGAAGCAACAACAGCGCGAACGAGUAAUACAUCCGCGCGUCACACACAUACACACACACACACACAUAUAUAUACAUAUACAUAUAAUACAUACGAGCGUGCACGAUUGGUGUGGCGAGACUUCGAUCUCGGAAUCGACGAAAAGUGUUACGACACCCGCGGAGUUGCACGAACACGCGUCCAAAUCCGUUGUUGAGGAGUCACACGCGGUGGAUCACGGUCGAGCGUGUGGAGGUGCUCGCUGUGAAAACAAACAAAGGUCAUAUAUCGCGUUCGCCAUCUUGCGUGCCUUCGCGCAAGUGGAGACGGUUAGUGAGGAGCAGCAUUGUCACCGUGUCGGGCAGCGAGCGGAACGUGUAUACCUCACUCGUGAGAGUAGGUCGCGCGAGAGCCAGGAAAAAGCUGUGCAAACAGCGACAGCCAACGGAGAAGCAGGCCAGGAAGAGGCGGAGAAGAAAAGGGAAAACGAACAAAGAGGGAGGAAGCGCGGUGGCCAACGGUCACCGGAUGUGGUCGAAUUUGCGAGGAAUGCGCACUGGGAGGACUGCGAAGGAAGAGGAGCUUGAAACGAGGUAGCAUCGCGCUAACAGGUUCCCGGGGAGCCGCACCGUGCUAAUUCCUCCGUGUCGUCGUCGUUAUUGUCCCCACCAUCACCACCCCCACUAUCGCCGCCGCUGCCACCGCCGCCGCCAUCUUUUUGCCCCGGCUACCGCGAUUAUUGCGCAGUUUGAAAAAUUGCGGAGUACGGACGCCGGAUACGGGAACGCGGGAUAUCGUCUCCCAAAAGGCAGCCCGCGAACGUUAACGAGAGCUGGGUUGAACGUGAGGGUGAGUGACGACGUAGCAAAUCGACACGAGAGGAAGGUGGAUAUCCGAGCCAUGACGAACUCCACGCCCAAGUUGAACAACAAAGUUGAACAGCAGCAGGCCUCGCCGAACGUCGUCGGGGCCGACCGGCACCAACGCCACUGUCAUCGUUACCAUCGUUCGAGCAAGUCGUCGCCGUUCUUUCACAGCGGCGGCCGCCACGCCAGGACCAACAGCGGCGGUCGAUUGAGCUGCAGCCCGCAGCACUCCCCGUCCAAGAGCACGAGGAACUCGCCGCUACGCGUCGAGUAUAGUCCGCGCGGCAGUCCGACCAACAACAGCUUUUACGCAGGCGCCAAGUUUUCGGAACCACCAUCGCCCGCGAGCCUCCCCAAGCCGCCGAGCCACUGGGUCACGAGACUGAUGAACGGCUGUCACCAGUCGGUCCAGGAUAUCUCGAGGCACCUGACAAUGGUGCUGCAGGUUCAGGCCUGAUAUCCAAGCACCAACAGCGUACCCACCGUUCGAGAAUUAGCCGCCACCAGUAGUUUGUAAAGAGUCAGGUAUGAUAGAGAGAGAACAUCGUAGUCGAUCCUCGGUCAAAGAGGACGACGACGACAACGACGACGACGGGGCACAAGUUGUGUCUCGAAACUCGCAAUCGCAAGACACACUGGGACGAAGACGAUGGCCACGGUAACGAUUAACGAUGCGAAUGAUGAUGGUGAUAACGGUGACACGCUGCAUCCCCGCGUGCGGGUCGUGCUACACACGGGCUUUCGAUUUUAUCGCGCGCGCGCGAAUACCAAGUAUUCACCGAGUGAAUGCCGCAGUCUGUUCUUUACACUAAGAUACGCAGCAUACAGACUAAUGAUAGACUAUAUAUCGCGAGAACGCGGUGCUCGGUGUCCCGAUCGAUGCGCGUUGUCUACGAGAUAUAUAUAUAUAUACAUAUAUAUACAUAUAUGUGUAUAUACAUAAACAUACAUAUAUAUACACAUAUAUAUUGCGUUCUGGGACUCCAUCACGCGUCGUCUGUGACAAAACGUAUAAGCAUAUUGUAUUUUAGAUUAUCAUAUACUGCUAAACUUACAAAA